AUGCUCAGUCAAAUCGCCUAUCCAGAUUUCAUACUUGACAGCAAGAAGCUUGAUGAUUACUAUUACAACAGAAACUGUCACGAUGGAACAUCGAACGCGACUUCAAAACGCCUAACCGAAGUUGUCGAUCGAAAUGAGUACAACUUUAACGCUGCAGUCGUCAACGCUCACUACGAUUUCUUCUCCAAUUCGAUAAAGUUUCCAGCCGCUAUUCUUCAAGCUCCUUUCUUUCAUCACACUUUUCCAAGAGCGCUCAAUUAUGCUGGAAUCGGAGCUGUGAUUGGACACGAAAUUACUCAUGCAUUCGAUGACCAAGGUGCUCUUCUGUUUGCGCUUUUUGUUCCAAUGUAUCACGUUGACUGA